GCUCGCCUCGUGCUCUCUGUCUAGACCGACGCAUUUCCGGCGAGCCAGCCACCGCGCGGGCCGCCGAUCUCCGGCGAAUCGCGCCGCUUGCCGCUCCCGCGGAUGGCGGCCGAGAAGUGGACCGCGUACGCCGCCUUCCUCCCGCUGCUCCUCCUCCUCGCGCUCCGCAUCCUCCCCUCCGACUCCCCGAGCGGGGGAGGCGGGGGCGGGGAAACCCUAGCCGCGUCCGCUGCCAGGUACGUCGUGCGGUUCGUCGAGUACCGCCCCGCCGAAGAGCACCGGGGUUACCUGGAGGACGGCCUCCGCGAGCCCCCCUCGCCGCCCGCCGGGUCGUGGCGGUGGGUGGAGCGGCGGAACCCCGCGGCCGCGUACCCGACCGACUUCGCCGUGCUCGAGAUCCGCGACGAGCACCGGGACGCCGUCGUCGCGGCCGUCCAGGAGCUCGGCCGCGUGCGGGACGUGCACGUCGACACCAGCUACUCACGUGGCGUGCUGUCGGUGGAUCGGUCGCAGCAGCAGCGGGGGAAGCGGUUCACUGCCAUGUCGUUCGAGUGCGAGGAGGGAGGUGGCGGUAAGGAGGCGGUGUCCUGCCCGAAGAGUAAUUAUUCUUCUGGUAGUUGGAGGCGGAAGCUUCACAUGCAGAAAUCACACGUAACAUCUCUUUUUGGAGCUGAACGGUUAUGGGGAAGAGGCUUUACUGGCAAGAAAGUCAAAAUGGCCAUUUUUGACACUGGUAUUCGAGCAGAUCACCCACAUUUCCGUAAUAUUAAGGAGCGCACAAAUUGGACGAAUGAAGACACAUUAAAUGAUAACCUUGGACAUGGAACAUUUGUAGCAGGAGUGAUUGCUGGUCAAGAUGCAGAAUGCCCUGGAUUUGCACCAGACACUGAGAUAUAUGCAUUUCGAGUGUUCACAGAUGCUCAGAUAUCAUACACAUCAUGGUUCUUGGAUGCAUUUAAUUACGCGAUAGCAACUGGUAUGGAUGUAUUGAAUUUGAGUAUUGGUGGACCUGAUUACCUGGAUCUCCCCUUUGUGGAAAAGGUCUGGGAGCUCACAGCAAACAACAUUAUUAUGGUAUCAGCUAUUGGAAAUGAUGGCCCUCUCUAUGGCACAUUAAAUAACCCAGCUGAUCAAAGCGAUGUCAUCGGCGUUGGUGGUAUUGAUUACAACAACCAUAUAGCUUCAUUUUCCUCUCGAGGCAUGACUACUUGGGAACUUCCUCAUGGAUAUGGCCGUGUGAAACCUGAUGUUGUCGCAUAUAGUCGUGAUAUAAUGGGUUCUAAGAUCAGCACGGGUUGUAAGACCCUUUCAGGUACCAGUGUUGCAAGCCCGGUGGUUGCUGGCGUAGUAUGCUUGCUUGUUAGUGUAAUACCAGAAGACAAGCGGAAAUCCAUCCUUAACCCUGCUAGUAUGAAACAGGCCCUCGUUGAGGGUGCUUCUAAGCUUUUGGGGCCAAAUAUAUAUGAGCAGGGUGCAGGCAAGCUUGAUCUCUGGCAAUCAUACGAAAUAUUGGAAAAUUACCAACCACGUGCCAGCGUAUUUCCUAACAAGCUUGACUUCACCGACUGUCCCUAUUUCUGGCCUUUUUGUCGCCAACCUCUGUAUGCUGGUGCCAUGCCUGUAGUCUUCAAUACUACAAUUUUGAACGGGAUGGGGGUGAUUGGUUAUGUUAAGGAUCCACCUGUAUGGCAGCCAUCUGAAGAUGUCGGCAAUCUUCUUAGCAUUCACUUCACCUACUCAGACGUCAUCUGGCCUUGGACAGGGUACCUUGCGCUGCACAUGCAAGUUAAGGAUGAAGGUUCUCAGUUUUCAGGCAUAAUUAGUGGCAAUGUUACUCUGUCAAUUUACAGCCCAGCUGCUCAGGGGGAAAGCAGCCCACGAAGUAGUAUGUGUGUUCUUUACCUGAAGAUCAUGGUGGUUCCAACACCUGUUAGGUCAAGAAGAAUAUUGUGGGACCAAUUUCAUAACAUCAAGUACCCAUCUGGAUAUGUUCCAAGGGAUUCACUUAAUGUGCAUAAUGAUAUCCUUGAUUGGCAUGGUGACCACUUGCAUACAAAUUUUCACAUUCUAUUCAACAUGCUGAGAGACGCAGGAUACUAUAUCGAGACCCUCGGGUCACCAUUUACCUGCUUUGAUGCUAGCAAUUAUGGUACACUGCUCAUGGUUGAUCUUGAGGACGAGUACUUCAAUGAAGAGAUCCAGAAACUCAGGGAUGAUGUUGUACACAAGGGGCUUGGCCUUGCUGUUUUUGCUGAGUGGUAUCAUGUUGAUACAAUGGUGAAGAUGACAUUCUUUGAUGAAAAUACCCGCAGUUGGUGGACUCCGAUUACUGGAGGUGCAAAUAUUCCUGCGCUUAAUGAACUUUUGGCACCGUUCGGCAUUGCUUUUGGGGACAAAAUACUGACUGGCGACUUCUCAAUCGAUGGUGAGCAGUCCCACUAUGCUUCUGGGACUGAUAUAGUGCAAUUCCCAGCAGGGGGCUUUUUGCAUAGCUUUGAACUGCAGGAAAACUCCAAAACUGCACAGGAUAGCUCAACACCAGAUACCCAAAACUCCCAGUCCCAGGAGAAGAGCAAGCUCUCCUCUAUUCUUGGUAUGGUUGAAGCAGGCGAAGGGAGAAUUGCAGUAUAUGGAGAUUCAAAUUGUCUUGACAGUAGUCACAUGGUAACAAACUGUUAUUGGCUUUUGAGAAAAAUUGUGGAGUUUGCUGGCAAUAAAGUCAGAGAUCCUGUCCUUUUCUCAGAAGCAGUUCAGUUGAAACUUCCAGUUUCUGAGAACAACCAGCAACCCUUGCGUAGACCCGACGUAAAUUUUUCUACGUAUUCAACUGUCACUGGCAAGGGAUUGAUCUGUCACAAGGAUUCCCGGUUUGAGGUUUGGGGAACAAAAGGUUACGGUAUCCAACUAACAGGCACAACAAGAAAGCUGCCAGAAUACCAAAACCGUGGAUUUUCUAGUACUCCCAAUCUAACAAUAAAAGCUUCUGACAACAGACAAGAUGAAGCUGGCUCACAAGAGACUCUUUCAACACCAAAUGCUAAUAAAUUUGAUGAUAAAAGAGAUUACUUUGGUUUUAUCGGUCAUGAAGAGGUUGACAUAGGAAUGUUAGUGGCAAGCCAAUGGAUGGUACCUUGCUUUGCUGCCACUACUUGCCUUAUGGUGUACCUUAGUUGCAGAGUGCAACAAAAGCGCCGUCGACGAAGGAAAGGGUCAGCGACUGGUCGUCUAACAAGUGUGGUGUAACAUAACAAGUUUUGGAGCCAAGUAGGGUUUUGGCAUUUCUGGCCGUCAGCCAUGUUAAUAUAGAAAUUCCCUGUCGGGAGUUAUAACGGUCUGCAGGACAUGAAGAAGCUCAGCUCUGCUGGAAAUUCCUGAUCAGGUUUCAAGCUUGCAAUGUGCCCAUCUUGGCAUCAUGACUGGGAGCGCAGGACUCGUGUUUAUUCCGACCGGAGAGAGCAGAUUUGAAGUUUCUGCAACUGCAUGGAGGGUUCAGUCUGUUUCUGCAUUAUGUCGUCCGUGGUUUGCUCAAAAUUUUGUCUCUGUAAUAAUAUACACUGCUUCUGAUACAUAAUCAAGGAGAGAGCUAAUUCAUUAGGGAGAGGAGGCUAGAACUAACGAGUGAGUCGGGUUUGAGCUUCUUCUAGGCCAACAAACAUUUGAGUUUGAUGGUAGUAGUGGUGCUUCAUCAGCUUGUAAGUAGUUGUCAAAAUCCUAGAUCUUGUCUGAAAUUAAAGAAAGAUCUUAACAGCUUCUAUGUA